CCCGUGCAUCGCACUGGAAUUGCGUCUAGUAAUUAUUCAAAGCCACGAAGUUCACAAUACAAUUAGGAGGCACAUUAUGUACAUAAACGAUAGGGAGCUAGGGUUCAGCGCUCUGGCGGCCGUUAAGGAAUCCGGCGAAUCUGCCGACGCUUGGGAAGGUAGGGAUACAGUGAACAAGGAGCAGACAUCCUCCCUCACUUUUGGCACCAUCGUUGUCCACAUCAGGCAAGAUGAGGUUCCAUCUCAACAAAAACUCUUAGGCGAUAACCUGUGACAGAAGGGGAUAAAUUUAGAGGCGCGAGAGCAAGUUUUACCAGUUUAUAAAAGGGGGUUUCCUGAUGGAGGAACUGCGCGCGAGACUAACAAUUGCAACCGGACAGGGAUGCUUGUACCAGACCGACAACGGACAACUCUAGCAGCUCGAUGCCGGAAGCAACGACAAAGAGAGUUCUGCUCGGGCAAGGAUGCAUCCGAGGAUCCUUACUGCUGGCAAGAUUACAACAGACGGGGUCAGUCAAACUUGAGGCGAAGAGGACGGACAAUUGCUUCGGCCAGAACCUUUCCUUUUCAGCGGCGGCAGGACAAGGAAGGCCCGGUCAAAUAUCAGCGCCGCCUGCAUCCUCCCAACGUAACACAUGGUUCUUACAAGCUGAAUUGGCAUCACAGACCACGGGUAAACGAAUCUGCUAGUUCCAAUUUUCAGUCCAAUGGGUUUAGCAUUUUAAUUGAAAGUAAAUCCUUUCAAUUCAAGAUUUUUGGUAGCAAUUUAUGCAUAUCUGAGAUGAAACUGGGAAUAUCUUCUGCUAUCGAGCUUGAUUUGGAAAAGGUUUUUUGGUUAAAAAACUCUUUCCCUAAACUCUUGUCUGACAAUUGGUCUGGUUCCCGAAUACAGUUGAAUAAUUCUUUGUGUUCUUUAUGAUGCCAAUUUCUUCGGUGGGUUUAUCUGCAUCAUUGACAAGGGACGAGAUUCCUCAUUUAUUCUUGAAGGACGUAAUGGAUUGGGGUUUAAUCGUUUUUUGCUGGACUAUCUAAAGCAAUCUCUUUUAUGCAUAAAUUAGAUGUCGCCUCGCCACAUCUUGCGAUUGAACAUGCCCCAAGUAAGAAUAUUUCAGAAAGCGUGGAUUCUAACUCUGUGUGGGAUAUCACCAUUCCAUCGUCUGAUGGGAUCUAUGAUUUCUCUAUUUCGAGAUUACUGUUACAAGUUGAUAUUGAGCAUUCUGUCUGCUUUGACAAAUCUAUGGCACUAAAUUACGUUGAGGAAUCUCAAUGCUCUGAGCCUACACAGGAACUCACCCCCUCUUUAGCAAUCACUAAAGAUUACUUUCAAAACACCAUGACUAAUGGGGUGGAUUCUCUUUCUGCUUUUUUAAUUAGAGAAUUCGAGAGGAUCGUUACUUCUUUAUGGGUGAUCAUGGCUCAAUUCAUAAACAGACUGAAGAAGAAGGAAAAAUUAUUAACCACGCUAAUAUGGAAGUCAAUGCUUUGGGAGACGUUUUUAUUAGUAAUCAGCUUUCUGUUGCGCCUGAGACUGAGCAAAGCUAUCCAUUCUCAGGAGAUGAUUUUCUUGGUCAUGCUUCGGAAAGCGAGAAGAGGACUCCUUUGUCAUCAAGGGAAGAUCUAUGGGACUCCGAUACCAAUCAGGAUAUUUGUUUUAAUGCAAGACUGGUCACAAAGGAUAAUUGCUUGCCUACGUCAAACUUAAAUACUCAGAUUAAAUUAUACAGGAAAAGGCACCAGCGAUCGCAUACCAUGAAGACUAGAUCGCAAUCACACAUGGAGUUAUACUAUUUAGAUUGAGCUAUUUGGGUCUCCUGGGUGGUCUCUUUGUUUACAUUUGGGUCUCUUGCAUGCUUCGGGUUAGGUCAUCUCUAUCUUCGUUUUCCUUUUUCUUGUUUCUCCUUUUUCACUUUUUUUCUCCAUUUUGUCUCCUCAUGUAUUUCCUUUGUUCGUUUUUAAUAAAAUUUCCUUUCUUAAAAAA